AUAUGUGAGCAGUACAUCUUAUUUUGUACCCAGAGUGUGGCCUCCGACCAUCUUUUGAGUCCUUUCUGUGGACUGGCAAGAGGAUCACAGGUGGGAGAUAUGCCAAGGCUGGAGAGUUCCCAUGGCAAGUGAGCAUCCAGAGCAAUGGGAAACACAUCUGUGGAGGCAGCAUAAUCAGUGCGUUGUGGAUCCUGACUGCGGCCCAUUGCUUUGCAGAUGAAGUGUGAGUACUUCUUUGCCCAGAGGAGGGCUGCAAAGUUAGCAAAAGGGCUGGAGGGUAGAGGCUUAGGGGAGAGGAUUAGGGCAGAUAAAUUGUCUGGCUUGGAGUAGAGAAGGCUGUGUGGACACAUUGCUGAUCUCUUCAACUUCCUGAGGAGGGGAAUUGGGUAGGGAGAUGCUGGUCCAUAAUGUGCUUCAACUUUUUGUUAGUCCUGAAGAAAUCAGACAGUUGAACUAGAUGAUUGUAGGUCGAUUCCAACUCAAAUAUUGUAUUGUACUGCAUUGUAUUGCCCUACCCUACCCUAUCCUAUCCUAUCCUAUCCUAUCCUAUCCUAUCCUAUCCUGUCCUGUCCUGUCCUGUCCUGUCCUAUCCUAUCCUAUCCUAUCCUAUCCUAUCCUAUCCUAUGCUUUCUUUCUACUCUAUUCUGUUCUCUCUGCUCUACUUGGGGUCAAAAAGAACUGCUCAGGCAUGAUGGAAUGAUAACACUGCUCUUCAGGAUGUCCUUGGGAUCAAGUGCAAAAUAUAUGUGGUGGAGCCAGGAAAAGAACUCUGAGAGCUUUUCUUUCUUUGGAGAAAGCUAUUGAUCACAGGUGGCAUUACCACAGGAAUUUGCAAAAAUCUUCGUAACCAGAAGAUCUAGAAGGCGAGUAUAUUGAAGGAUGGUGUGAGCAUCCUUCUGUAAAUGGUCAUGAAGUUGUUCUGCUGCCCCCCCAAACUGUACAUCAGCACAUGUUGGGGUACCUUGUAAAAAGAGAUAUAUUCCAUUCCAAUUUAUCCUAAGCCCCAAAUUACACUGGUAUCAUAUAGCAAACACCUUUACCUUACGGGUAGUCUGACAUUAAUCCAGCAGUUUCUGGACACAUUAACUCAUGCAGUGUCCAAUGGAGCAGACUCCAGCCCUCCAAAAUAAGGCAGGUUCAAGAGCCAGGACUGUUCAGUGACCUAUGGCACCACAGCCUGGAGCAACUGACAAGGCACAGUGUAGUCAUGGAGUAGCCAGCCCUGGGCACAGCUAUCCUGAACACCUAGCUCUCCCCAUCUGUUCAUUAGCUAAGCUAUUUAGAACUUGCUUGCAUUCACUUUCUACCUCUUCUUCCACUUCGCCUGAAAAUUAGCUUUGCCUGGAAAUGAGGGCUGAUUUCUGUGAUAUUUAUAGCUAACCCACCCCUGCUAUUUGCAGAGAACUAUGGUACCCUGCUCAGGGAAAGGAGGCAUCAAACUCUAUAACACAACACGUUUCCAUUUGCUUAUGCAUAUACUAUUUUUAUGCAUAUUUUUAUGCUCAUACAUAUACUUUCUUUUUUUGUAUGUUUAUAAGGCCACCAGAUAUUAAGAUUGUAAUGGGAGCAGUUGACCUUGACCUCCCACUGGAAGUACGUGAGCCAAGCAAGUUGAUCCUCCAUGAAGACUUUGACAGAAUAACCUUAAAGCACGAUAUUGCUCUGAUCAUGCUCAACUAUCCCAUUGAAUUCAGCAAUGAGAAAAUCCCCAUCUGCUUUCCCUACAUGGAUGACAUCAGUUCAUGGCAACACUGCUGGGUUGCUGGAUGGGGAAUGACAGGUGCAGUGUCAGCAUCCCACAUGCUGCAGAAAGCGAGGAUGAAGCUCAUCAGCCGGGAGGAGUGCUUGGACCAGAUACCAAAGCUGCCAAAGGAUAUGUUAUGCAUUGAGCUGGAGCAAGGAUCCUGCCAGGUGGACAGUGGGGGACCCCUGGUUUGCAGCUACUGGAACACCAUGAAGUGGUUUCAGGUCGGCGUCAUCAGCUGGGGAGACAAUUGUGCAGCAAGGCCAUAUUAUCAGUUCUACACUUCUGUCUAUAACUACUAUGAGUGGAUCAAGACUGAGACAGCCAUGACGGGGAAACCUUUCUUAAUCGAAGGCAUAGCUAAACAUGUUGUGAGUACCACAGAGGUUCAUUCUGAGGCCAAAGCUCAGCUGGUGUUUCUUGAGUCUGCUGUCCUUUUAUUUGCUUCUCAAGUGGCAAUUGGAUUAUUCUAGAGCAAUUUUUUCAAAACAUAAUAAAAGUCAGAAUGUCUGUCUUCUUCUUUUGCUUCAGAACCAUAAAGUUGUAUCUCAGGUCAGCAUGCUCCAUCUCACUGAGGUGGAUACAGACAGCCAAGUGUGUUCAGACUAGAGAGCGAUAUAGGGCUGGAGACUUGAAAGGAGAGAGCAAGGAUCCAGAUUUUCCAGACUAAGAGGGUUACAUCUGGCUCAAUCGUUUGCUAACUCAGAAGAAAUGUCAAGAUGCAGCACCUCAAGGAGAGCUGAAACCUUAAGAAAGAUCUUAGCUCACUCAGUUGCAAAUUAGUUUAGCUACGACAUAACUCUGGGUUAAUAUAUCCUACAGCUAACUAUCUGUGCAUAGGAUCAUAGAAUAUCUUGAGUUGGAAGGGACCCAUAAAGCUCAUUGAGUCUGCUCCACUCAGCACCACCCAAAAAUCAAACCAUGUGGCUGAGAGGGCUAAUAUGUCUUCUGUCUUCAAGUUGGACCAAACUAAGACUUCCCGAUCAGGGUGGUGUGUUGAGCUGCUGGGAAGUGACUAUGUGUCAAACUCAUCUAUAUCUCCUUAAGCUAGAAAAAGGACAAGAAAGCCAUUGGGCAGUGUUGGAAGCUGUAGCUUCAUCUAACUGGUUGGUCCUAUUGCUAUGGGUUGCAAACGGUACCUUUGUGUUUGUGUUUCUAAAGACACUGGAGAAAGGAUCUGGCUAGCUGGAAGGAACUGCUCCUAAGUGUCCAAAAAGUGCUGUCUUCAGAAGUCCCUUGUUUUAGUAAUAAA